GUCAAGAGUUGGUAUACAAGUUGAACGAAGUCUACUUAUUCUGUUUUUCUGCAAGAACAUCUACAACUCAAGGGGACCAUGGUUAUGUUGAAGAUCUCUGCUCUCCUUGUUGCCUAUGCCCUGGUCAUAUGUCAGAUGUACAGCUCACACGCCACGCCCCUCAGACCUGCUUUAGAUUCGAUGACAGACCGAGUCACUCUCACUGACUACGAAGCCCGGAGGUUACUUAACGCCAUUGUCAAAGAAUUUGUGCAAAUGACGGCGGAGGAGAUGGAGCAGCAAGGGAACGAUGGAAAUAGCCUGGAUAGACCCAUGUCCAAGCGCUGCUCCAAUCUGAGCACGUGCGUGCUGGGCAAACUGUCGCAGGAGUUGCACAAAUUGCAAGCGUACCCCCGCACCGACGUGGGCGCCGGAACGCCAGGCAGGAAGCGGAGCCUGGGGGAGAGCGAUCGCUAUGCAAGCUACGGGGAAUCGUUUGACGCCGUCUAAACAGAACCCCCAACCUCCCCUCCCUCCAAACUCCACCCCCUCCUGUUCCUCCUUGUUUGUUUUCUGUUUGAAAUCCUUGGUGCAUGCGGAUCUUGCCUGCUUGACUGACUUUG